ACCCCGCCGAGCUGCUGCUCUUAGGGCCUCGCUCCGCCCCGCCCGUUCGCAUUUCGUUGCCGCCGCCGGCCCGCGCAGUGUCCCGCUGUACCGUCCACAGACGACGCGAUGAUGCCCGGGAGAAACCUGCGCAAGUCUGCGCCGCCCGCCGCUCCCGCAGAGCGGGAGGUGGCGGUGGAGUGUGCCCUGCAGCUCCGCAGGAUCGGCGACAAGUGGGACCUGCGGCAGAGGAUCCUGAACCUCCUCGCCAAGCUGUUCUUCCCGGAAACGUGAGCUGUUCCUGGACACGGCUGGGCUGAGAAGCAGGGAAGGACCUUGGCUUUGUGGAUUUGGAACAAGAGAUUUCAUUGAGACCACGAGAUGAAGAAAGAUCUUUGUGUUGUACUUGCUGUGUGUGGCUGCUGAAGAACAGCUGCUGCAACACCGUUUCUUUGAAGAAUCUUACAGUAAUACUGGCGUAUGAAUGCCAGGUGGAAAAAAAAGAUAGCAAUGGGCAGAGCACCUUGCCAUGCGAUGGGGAGAUUUGGGGCAAGAUGGAACUUGCCCUUCGGCCUGGUCUGGGAAGACUUCCAGCUGCCCUGUUUCCCCAGCCACCCUCUGGUCCUCAUGUGCCACAGCUACACUUCACCGAGGAGCUGGGACCACCUUCCGGAAGAAGCCAAAAAAAGGCAAUGUAUUGGAACCUGGGAUCGUCUAUCUUGCCUGACUCCUCUAGUUUUCUAAAGCAUGGAUUUUGCUGGAUAUGGAUUUGGUGGUGGGAUUAUUUAAUUUGUUAAUUAAAGCACUAUCUUUAUUGAAUGGUUAUUUGUUAUAGGACUAAAACUUAAAAUUUUAUGAAUUAACACAAUGUUGCAUAGUUCUAGUUUAUAUUAUAUAUGUAUAUAUUUGCAUAUACAUAUUAGAUAUAUAAAAACAUAAAUGUGUGCACCCUAUGUGUAUGAAAUGAGUACUUCACAGAACUAUUAAUUGAAUGGUGCUUGCUAGACUAAAGUGAAAAAAUGUUCAAAACAUGACAUAAAAAUACAUUAUAUUAACUAGAAGAAAGCAUAAUGUUUUCUGAUAAUGAAGGAAAUCCUUCAGGCAGCACAGAGGGAAGCAUACUUUAGUAUGUCAUUAUAUAAGACAUAUAUAUGAAUAUAUAUUAAACAAAUACAGAUAUUGAGGUAUGUGUGUUUGGUAGAAGGAUUCUUUUGACAUCAUGAAGAAUUUCUCAAGAACAGUACAAUACUGCUGUGUCUUUAUAAUUAAUAAAAUAGCUCUUCAAUAGAAGUAGAUCUUAAAGUUGAAUCUCAGGUUUUCUUGAGAAUGUUAUUUAUUCAAAGAAAGCAACUACCUCUCUUUGAAGAAAUAAUAUCAAUAAAAUUGAAUGUUACAGUCCAGACAGAAAAGUAGCCUUGGAUUUCUGAAUGUUUACCAGUGCUUAUAAAUGAAGGUGCUUCUCUUGCACUUGAUUUCUAUUCAUUUCAUGGCACCUUUAUUUCAGUUCUGCAUGAUGAAGCCGCUGUAGCACAUCCAGUGGAUGGUGAUGCAUUGUGCCUGUCUCACUGAGGGGUUAUUGCCCUUGGCUGGUUUCAGAGGAGCUGAAUUAAGCAUGUUGACCGCCAUGAAGGCAAACAGUAACUUUGCUGGUCAAUUCAUGUCAGAUGCAGCCCUAAACAGUAUUUUUUUCUUGAGUGUAAGCUAGCAAGGAAACUGCUGAAGCUGAUCUUGUUUUGUAGCUACCUCUCAGGCUGACGGUCAGGGUUUCUUUUGUUAACUGACCUUAUAUUUAAGUUAAUUCGCAUUGUAUAAGGUUGUAUAGUUUCAUUUUCUGAAUUCUGCAUCUGUUCAAAUUAUGGAUACAGGCCAGAUGUUUUUCCUGCCUUAUUUUUAUCUAUAAUUAAUACUUUUGUUAUCUCUUCUGCUUCUGGCUUUGCAAAAUUGUCGUUACAUAGCUCUGGUCACUCUGUCACAGCCAGCUGUGUAUGACUGUUACUUGUUGUCACUGAUUUCACUAAGCAGAAGCUGACUGACUUUGCCAAGGUUAAGACGUGGAGGUCUUAACCUUGUCACAGUGGCGUUACCGGGAGCUUUGCCGUUGACUUGAGCACAGUUCUCUUCUCCUCUAAGCCAACUAAUAACUUUUCAGGGAGAACAUGUUUCAAGAAUUGUUGGUAUUCGUCUUAGUACUACAAAGUAAUGUGUUUUGCCAGCAUGUACAGAGGUCAGUUUUUCAGGUAUUAAAAAGUAAAUGCAAAAUGUUUCUGUCUGGCUACAUACAAGCUCCCACGCUAGCGCCAUAGCCAAUUUGUCAAAGCUGUUCUUCAAAGACAACCCUCACUUCAACAGAAGGGCUCCCACUGUAUGUCUUGGACUUGGUGGAGUCUUGGAGUCUUUAUCAAGGACAUUAAACAAUGAUUGUGCCUGUCUGUGACUCUCAGGAAAAUUUGGCAUUAGUAUUCACAUUAGUAGCUGAAAUGUAUUUGAAUAAAAGUGUUCUGUUCCAUAUAUGCUGCUAUAUGUAAUAGGUAACAAGGUGUGGGCUUCAUAGAGCCUGUCCAGUUCUUUACACUGUAGCACAUAUUAAUGUUAUGAAAAAAAUGCAUUGUUAUGGGGAUAUCUGAGUUAAGUAUUAGCAUAGUAUUUUUCUGUCUAGAUCUGCAAAGACUAUUUGCUUUCCAUGAAAUGUUUCUGUGUUUCUCUGAGCUUUGCCAGGAGCGCUAGUCUUCACUGUGAUCUCAGGAAAAGGACCUGUAUCCAAGCAAUCAGUGCCCGUGUAUGAGCAAGCACUUGCUGCCAUCCUCCCUAAGAGCAGUUUUUGUUACUUCUGCAAAGGAUCUGCUAUAUAGCUGUAUCAACAUGAGUUUGUUUUUCUCAAGGCUUAUUCUGGAUACAGGCCAGAUGUUUGGCUGUAUGCCCUUUGCAUGUAUGUCUUGAAUUCGUGCUGAGAUAAUAAAUACAAAACAUUUGCAAGAAAAA